AUGGACUCAAGCGUGGUCACGAAGCCCGAGCAGUAUUCUCAUCCCUUGGGGGGACUGAAAGUGCUUUUCCCAUACGAGAAUCCCUACCCACAGCAGAAGGUCAUGAUGUCCCGUCUCAUCACGGCGUUGAAGCAAAAGAAAAACUGUCUCCUCGAGAGUCCGACCGGCACAGGCAAAUCACUCUCGUUAUUAUGCGCGGCUCUAGCAUUCUGCGAAGAUGAAAAACGCAAACAUCGGAAAGGUAAUCGAAGACUUGAAAAGUUCCCUGACGGAUUGCCGCCGAAGGCUGAAGAAAGCAGCCAUAGUCUGUUGGAACCUGAAUUACCGAAAACGAAGUCCGUCAUGGACAUGUACGACGACGAAUGCGUGAAACCGCACAAUGAGUCAGCGAGCAAAUCGCUACUCAACGAGAAGUCACCGCACGCGCCCGAGGGUGUACGAAUUUUGAAGGCACCGAAGAUUUUCUACGGAACGCGUACGCAUCGUCAGGUUUCUCAAGUUGUCAAUGAGUUCCGGAGGACCGGAUACCACAACAUGAAAAUGACGAUUCUUGGAUCCCGCGAACGAAUGUGUGUCAGCAGGAAAGCUAUCGAGUCCGUCCACGGGAUUAGUGAAGAGUGCCGGAACUUCAGGAAGGAGAGCAAGAAAGGCCUCGGAUGUCGCUUCCUGCACAGAUUACAGAAAAUUAACCGAUACUCGUAUCCAACGAGUAUGGAGGGAGGGAAAACGGAACCGUGGGAUAUCGAGGAUAUCGUCACAGUAGGCAAAAGGCACACUCUGUGUCCUUAUUAUUGGAGCAUUCAACUCGCUGAAGACGCCGAUAUCGUGUUCUGCCCGUAUAACUACAUUCUCGAUCCAAGAAUCAGAGCCGCGGUUGACAUCCAAGUCGAGAACAAUAUCGUUAUCCUCGACGAAGCUCAUAACAUAGAAGAUAUCUGCAGGGACGCGAUGGGGAUGGAAAUUAAGCUCUCCGACAUCCUCCACAUUGAGGAUUUCAUUGAAAAUUCUGUCAAGAACCACAAGGAGACCGCUGCUCUAAUGCAGAUGUCGCCAGCCAUCGGAGCCCUUCGGCAUCUUCUGCUGAAUGAAGCUGCUGAUGUCCCGCUGCAAGAACCUCGAAAACUGAGCACAGCUCAGCUCUGCCAACUACUCGAAGCGGCAGGCCUAGGACCUACAACGUGGCCUCGCGUCAGCGAAAUUCUCGGUCAGCUCCUGAACGAGAGUAUCGAAGAAGGGGGCGGAGAGGUCGCGGACGAACGAUUGCUGGAUACCCGGAGCCGGAUUUUUUUCGACGCCCUCUGCGGCACCGGGGGUCACAUGUACAAAAUGAACGGGAAAUUCCUCGAUUGCUUCAGAGGUGCUGUGUCCAAGAAAAUUGCCAAGGAAUUCCAGAAGGAGCUGAAGGGGUCACCCGAGAUUACGCUCCAGAUAUUUUGCCUGAAUCCUGCUGUCGCCCUAGUGGACAUUCGAGACAAACUUCAUUCUCUAGUGGUAGCUUCUGGGACUUUGAGUCCAAUGAAAUCAUUCGAGUGCGAGCUCGGAAUCCCAUUCCCUUUCAGUCUUUCGCUCAAUCAUGUUGUGAGAGAGGAGCAAAUGCUGGCUUGCGUGUUGGCGAAAGGUCCAAAAGGGCGCUCGAUUAUUUGUGAUUACAAGAACAACUCCGAGCUUUCGCUCCAAGACGAGCUCGGCGAAUCUCUGCUUAGGAUCGUGACCCGAGUUCCCAACGGUGUGCUCUGCUUUUUCCCAUCUUACUCUCUCAUGAACAAACUCAAAGACCGAUGGGGCAUGACAGGCAUAUGGAAUAGAUUGGAGCAAGCCAAGAGGAUCUUCGUCGAAGGUAAAAUGAAUCUCCAACAGCAGAUGGAGGAGUAUUACGCGAGUUCAGUGACAGCGCAAGGCUCGCUGCUUCUCGCUGUGUGCCGCGGUCGAGUCAGUGAAGGCGAAGACUUCCCGGACAACUUUGCUCGAGCCGUUGUCAUAGUCGGGAUCCCCUUCCCAAAUGUUCGCGAAGUCACAGUGGGCGAUAAGAUGAAAUUCAACGACACGAGAUCUAAAGAUAUCGAUGCGGUGAUGAGUGGAUCCGAGUGGUAUAAGACUCAAGCAUUCCGCGCGCUGAACCAGGCCCUGGGACGAUGCAUACGCCACUCUAAGGAUUGGGGAGCCAUCAUUCUCUUGGAAAGUCGUGUCGCAACUUACCGAGGCUACAAGGAAAUGCUCUCGAGAUGGGUGCGAGAUCGUCUGGUGGACGUCUAUUGUUUUGGUGAACUCGAGAGUCGUCUAGAGAACUUCAUCGAUGAGCGGAAGCUCGAGGACCUCCAAGCCGGAUCUGAUGGCUUGAGCGAUCGCGAGGAAGCUAAGCUCAGAUCGAAGACUGAGAAAAGGAAGUCCUCGGUGCCGAUUAGGAGACCGAAUUAUUCAAUUUUCAAUCCGCCUCUGAAGCGGAAAAUCGGACCCGACUCUUUCUCUGAUUCACCUUCAUCAUCAAAAUCGUUCCCCUACUUGGCGAACGCGACAAAUAAGUUCGAAUCCACCGCGUCGGACUCUCUUCUCGGGAGCGAAGAACAAGUAAGCAUCCUCGACAAUCCUCCGAAGGCGAAUUCGACGAAUGCUCCCGGAUCUUCGGAGACAAGCGGAAGGGAGCGGACGACCCUGUUCGUGAGCCAGACGGAUAGUGAUUCAUCCGACAUUUUUUCUGAGUAAGGCUCAAAUUCGUGUGUAUCUCUAAAUCGAGAUACAUGCGGAUGCCUUAGAUAUACGGGAUAGAAAUUUCUUAGUUGUGUUCCUUAGGCAUCAGUGGUGCUCCCAUCUCCUCUUGGUCGACCUGAGACCCGGGACUAGCUUUGUGUGAACUACCUGAAGGUGCGGUCCAUAAAAAGGCUGACGCUUGUAAAAAUCAUAAGU